AGGUUUAACAGAAAAGACAACUAAAAAGUAAAUACAUCAAAGUCUCGGCAACACCAUCGUUAAAAUAAGCAAGAUGUUUCUCAAGUUUAAGGUGACGAUUGGUAUUAUGAUGAUGAAUACUUGUAUGAAUAUCCUAUUGCUGGUUCUGGAUGGACUGACGAUCAACAAAUGUUUGAAUGUAGAAGAACUCGAAGAUCCAAUAUCAGACCUUCGAAAGAAAUACCAAGGAUUGGGUGUACAGCUUUCAUUUACAGAAAAGAAAAAUACGUUGAAAGCAAUUAUAAUUACUGGAGGAUUCUCGAUCUGUAACAGUAUAGCUGUUAUAGUCACUUUUGUUGUGAUGACGAUUUGCUUAGUGAAAUACAAGGCUCAAAAUAUCCAAUUAGCCCUUGUAAUAAUGAUUGGCAUCACAGGAGGUAUAAGUUUAAUUCUCGGGGUACCAAAAGCUGUUUAUACACAUAAUAUUGGACGUGAGGCUGAUUUGACACAAGUGAAGUUAAACGAGACUGAUAUGUUGGAAAAGCUGGAGACCCUGUACACAAGUGACAUUAUUUCCCCACUCCGGAACACUACAUCGGACAGAUGGAACUUGUUUUUUCUCGAGAAUAAAUGUUGCGCAGUAAAACCAGUGACAAGUACAACAAAUGAUUUUGAUAAGACUCCGUGGUGUACGACUUCAGGAUCGUGUCAGCAAACAAACUCACAGAUUCCAAAGGCCUGCUGUAAAAAUGUUACCGUAGAUAACUACACUUCAGCUGAAGCUAGAUGUCAUGCCAAUGUGAUUCCAGGGACGUAUCACGAGGAGGGAUGUGCAUCUCUUUGGACGAACAACUCACACAUUCCAUCCUCAAAGGAAGCAAAAGACGACGUGUAUAAAUACGAAAUUAUUGCAACUAUUUUUGAAUUUGUGUCUGGCGGAACAUCACUUUUAACAAUCCUUGUGAUCCAUUUGUGGAAACUUUCAGAGAGCUAGCAAUGGAAUCUUUUGACUCAAAUACACCUUAAAAUAUAUUAAUUCCAGGCUUGUUUUGAAGAAAUACUUAGGUUACAAAGACUAUAAAAAAUAUUGUAAGAAUUUUUUUAUUAUUAUUUAUAAUAUGUUUGUUCAUAAAGAAUAAUCGUUCUUUAAUAAUUAAG